AUGCUGGAGUCUGGGUUUUGUGUCCCACUUCACGGGAAUAAAGAGGUUGACGCUAUAAAAUCCAAUGGCUCCGAUAAUAGGUGUAUUUGGAUAUCGCAAGAAGACAUUACUCCUAAUAAUCUCGAGAUUUUGAAGACAAUAUUCAAAUCUGAGGAUGUAUCUUUGAAAUAUUGGUUGCUUUUGGCAUUUUCAUACAGAGAGUUAGGAAACUUUGAGUCAUUUGACGCACUACUUAAGGAUGCAGAGACUUUUUGUAACUUGGACUCAACUGAUUCCCCUCUGCAUAAAGGUCUGAUAUCAUCUGCAUUGGCCAUUAAUAAUCUCUACCAAGCUGAGUUUUUUCAACAUGAUGAAGAUCGCUAUGCUAGAUGUGUAGAUUGGGCCAAUCAUUACACUAAAAAGGCGGAAACUUCUUCUCCUUAUCAUUUUUACCUCUUAAAGGGGCAACAAUACCUGAUGUAUGGAACAGGAAAUGCAAAGUCCCAGGAACGUGCUUCAGCAAAAUCCAUGUUCCACAUGGCAAUUUCAAUAAACCCAGGUUCAAUAUUACCGAUUAUACUUUAUGCCAAUGUCUCUGUCAUGGAUUCUAACUUCCAGGGCGCAAUGGUCUUUUAUAUGAGGGCUUUACUUAUCUGUGAAUAUUAUACCAUCGUCCUGGAGCGCUUAAAGUCCCCUGAAUUUGAACAUCUUUUACAAAAUAUACCACACUAUGAUAUCGAAUUCUUGUUUUUACAGUUGAAAUGGUUGAAAGCAUUAUUAUUUUUUUCCUUGGCAGCUUGUCAAUUUGCUCUAGGGGACGUUGAAAAGGCAAAAGUUUUAAUUGAAAGAUCCAUAUCAGCAAAACCCCUACCAGAGGCUCACAGAUUGAGAUAUGCAAUAUUUGCCUGGUUAUUAACACACUUUAGUGAUGAGGCAGAUACGGAGUACGAUCCAAAAACUCUUUUACAAAAUUAUACUCAAUCACUAUCUAUUGCUUAUUUUAAGGAUAAAACAAAUCCAAUUACACAACUACAAUUCUCCGAGUUUCUGUUUCAGCGGGGUAAAAUUGCAGAAUCCGAGCACAUACUUAAUGAUUUAAAGGAUAAUGAUCUUAAUUAUUCGCUGAAAGCUGAAAUAGAAUAUCAGCUCGGACGUAUAGCACAUGUUAAGGAAGAUUAUCCUACUGCAAUAUCUAGUUAUAUAAAAUCAAUUGGAUUUAAAAGUGAUUUUAUAAGUCCAAGAUUGCAACUGGUAAAAGCUGCAUCGGCAGCAGGUGACUUAACUCUGGCUAGAGAACAUACGGAUGUCUUGCUACAACAUUUCCAGAAGAUCCCAGUUGUUCUGUUGGUAUCUGCAUUCAUAUACAUGGAGGCAGCGCGUGAAACUUUGGAACAUAAUCGCUGGGAAAUGCUUAAACUAGAGGGAACAAACAAGAACAUGCACAAUUUGGAUACAUCAUGCUUAUUUCAUGGAGUGCAACAGGGCGUUAGUAGACUUGUGGAUGAGCGCCUAUUUAAGGCCUUAGGGUUAUUGGAAGAUGUAAUUUCUGAGAACAAGCAUCCGCACAUACUAGAAUGUUAUAUACGGUGUUUAGAAAUCCUAGUUUCUAGGGGAAGAGAGUCAAUGUGCACAAAGUUGCGUGAAUCUUAUCUUUUGAUUAAAGAUUCACUUCCACAGUCGAAUUUAUCAUUUGAAUCGCGAAACAAUUAUGGUGUUAUGGCUUUAUAUUCUAAAGAUUAUAGUGAGGCAAUUUCCUCAUUUACUCACCUCCUUGAGGAUGUAGAAAAAUGCAUAGAAUGUCACUCAGGAUCAUCGCAACAUAGUUUGGAUUAUUUCCAUUACACAACAAUCUCUAUUACUGUGAGAUAUAAUUUGGGGCUUGCAUUGGAAUUUAGUGGUAAUAUCGCAAAAGCCCAGAGGAUAUAUUCGCAAUUAACCAGGGAUUAUCCAAAGUAUGCUUCUCCGUGGAUCAGACGUAGUAAUAUUUCCUUCAAGAAGGGAGAUUUAGAGGGUGCUAAUAGAUAUUUGGAACAAUUAAAAAAGGUUAACCCAGGAAAUAUGGAACCUUGGUUACAUAGAGCACACCAGUUGGCUGAUAUGAAUAUGUAUGAUGAAUCUAUACAGGAAUUAAGACGUCUUUUCCGUGUUUUACCUUCAUCGGCAUAUGAUCCAUAUGCAAACACACUUAUGUCUUCCAUAAUGAUACAGCGAAGCUAUCUACUUGCAAACAGCGCUGGUGGAGUUACCGUUUCGUUCCCAAAAGAGGCUAUACACUACGCAAAAUUGAGUUUGAGAAGACCAGCGCUAUGUAACUUUUAUGCUGCGAAUGUUAUAGCUGUGAUUCUAGCUCAUGAAAAGCACCUCAAACCAGCAUACGAAAGUUUCGGUCUCUUGUUAGAAAGUGUUUUAAUGACUCCACAUAUGAAGUUUAUAGCCAAUAAAAACAUGGCAGUAUUAUCAGCAGCAAUUGCACUGUCAGUUUUUAUUAAUGAUCGCAAAAUUGAUCGUACGAAAUUUAAUAAAGUAAGAGUGGCCAAGGCUCAGCAACAUUUUGUAACGGCCCUUUCUAAUGGUAAAAUGGAUAAGGGAAUCUAUUUUACUUAUGCCAGAUUCUUGUUUGAUGUUCAAAAGUUUGAUGAAUGUAUUUCACUUUUGGAAACAGCUAGACUUAUUUUCCCAGAUGAAAUACGUUUCUUGCACAAUCAGGCUAUCGCAGUUGAUGGAAUGCUAUGUAGUUACUUGAGGGAUUCAGAAAAAACAAGCUCCGUGCAUGAAAUGUCAAAGAUGGCAUCGGCAGCAAAAUUUGUAGUAUCGGCUGUGGAACAUUUAACGUCCGGAGGCAAGGAUUCUGAAUCACCCAUAACUACGGAAGCGCAGUCUAAACUCAAACAAGUUCUCAACAGAGUGCGUUCCAAGGUAAUUCCACACAUCUCUACGACCCUUCCACAACUGGAAAAAACUUGUGAAAGCAGACAAAAAACACGUGAAAAACGCCUGCAGCUACAACUCACUAUACAGCAAGCCCAAGAGGCCAAAAAACGAAAACAAGAGGAAGAAAGGCUACUUGCAGCCCAAGCCGAGGAGGCUCUUUCACAACAACUUCUCAAGGAGGCAUCGGAAAUAGCUUCCGAGCUACUUUUGUCAAAACCUCCCACAUAA